AUGAACGGAGUGCUAGCGAAAAAGAUAAUGGAGGAAUCAGCUUUACGCUGGUCCUCUGAAUUUGGAUGCAUGGCUUAUCACAGCGCUUAUCCGCUCUUCUUUUCUUAUAUAGGGAAAAAGCAUUCAGAGAAGAUACAGUAUCUGGAAAAUCGAACGAUUGAUAUGUCGCAGAGUCGACAUCAGUGUUAUCGACCGAGUAAACGACCUUUUGAACGUUCUCAUAUCAACAGGACAAAAUCCACAUGA